GACGCCUAAUUGCGCACGACACGAUCGCGACCAAACAACAUCAACAUGAUUGCAAACCUCUCUCUUCUCUGCCUGUCUUCACUUCUGAUGUUGAAUAUUGCUGGGGCCAAACCGAUAUCUAGUUUACAGAAUCUUAAACAGCUUCUGGAGGACGAGGCGGUGGGACCGUACUUCGGCUUGAAUGAGUCCGAGGUGGAUGGAAAAGACUUGAGCCCAGAGAAGAACGAUUACGGCGCAGGGGCAGCGGAGCAUCCCUGGGAGAAUGAGGAGGGAAAUCCCGCGCUGUCUGGAAAGGAGUACGCGCUAGCGCGCUUCCUUGGCGACAUCCUGUCCACGUCCAAGCGCUCCUGGAGCCGAUUCAAGAAGGGCGGACUGCGCAGCUGCUUCGGCGUGCGUCUGGAGAGAAUAGGCUCUUUUAGCGGGUUGGGUUGCUAAACCAAAAGGUUUUGAUGACAAGGAUUUGGGCGUACACACCCCUUACUUGAAGUCUUCGGGCAGAAGGAUUAAGUGACUGAGUGAAACAUUGGACGCGCGUUUAC